AUGGCGGUCUCACCGGUGAUAGCCAACUCAUUUCGACCGGUAUGCUGUUCCCGCGCAACCCGACCCGUAAAGAACUCAAAGCCCACCACCGCAACCAAGUUCGCGCCGCCUCUGCCGCCGCAAAGAGUCUCAGCUCCAAUCUCUUCCAACGUUGCUCAGAAAUACGGCGAAGCUUUAAUCAAGCCCGUGAACGUUUCCAGGCGAACUUCGAAGGGUUUAUCGGCCUCUAAGGAAGAGCGUGAAUCCGCCAUUGUUGAUAUUCAGAAUUCUUCUGACCUGGAAUCUGCUCUUUCUAGAUCAGGUGAACUUUUGAGAGCGCCAGAACUGAACGUGGUGUUGCGUCAUUUCGGAAAGCUAAACAGAUGGAAUGAUCUUUCUCAGCUUUUUGAUUGGAUGCGGCAGCAAGACAAAACUAAUUUUGCAUCUUAUAGCAGUUACAUUAAGUUCAUUGGAUGGGAGUCUAACUCUUCGAAAGCCCUGGAAAUAUACAAUAGCAUCAAAGAUGAUUCCAUAAAGACCAAUGUUUCUGUUUGUAAUUCUACUCUGCAUUGUCUAAUAAAGAGUGGCAAGUUUGACAGCGGCCUUAAGCUAUUUAAUCAAAUGAAGCAAGCUGGUUUGGUACCUGAUAUUGUAACUUAUAGUACGCUACUUGCGGGCUACACCAAAGUGAAAGGUGGUUAUUCUAAGGCAAUGGAAUUGGUUCGCGAAAUGAAGUCUAGGGGGUUGCACAUGGAUGCUGUAGUAUAUGGAACACUUAUUUCUGUUUGCGCUUCAAACAAUCAAUGUGAAGCAGCAGAGAAAUACUUCAAUCAGAUGAAGGGUGAAGGUCAUUCUCCAAAUGUAUUCCACUACAGCUCCUUGCUAAAUUCAUAUGCAGUUGAUGGGAACUAUAGAAAGGCUGAUGAGUUGGUUCAAGAUAUGAGAGCUGCAGGCUUAACUUUAAACAAGGUUAUUUUAACAACCCUGUUGAAGGUUUAUGUUAAAAGUGGCUUGUUUGAGAAAUCAAGAGAACUGUUGGAUGAACUUCAAACUCUAGGCUAUGCGCAAGAUGAGAUGCCAUACUGUUUACUGAUGGAUGGGCUUGGAAAGACUGGGAAACUCACAGAAGCCAAAUCAAUUUUUGAUGAAAUGAGGCAGAGAGAAGUGAAAAAUGACGGCUACUCCUACAGUAUUAUGAUUUCAGCCCUCUGCCGUAAUGGACUCCUUGAAGAAGCAAAGCAAUUGGCUUGUGAGUAUGAGACUAAGUACGGCAAGUAUGAUGUGGUCAUUUUGAACUCGAUGCUCUCUGCUUACUGUCGGUCUCGAGAAAUGGAGAAUGUAAUGAGGAUGAUGAAGAAAAUGGAUGAGUCAGCCAUUAGUCCUGAUUGGAAUACCUUUCACAUGUUAAUAAAGUAUUUUUGCAAGGAGAAACUGUAUUUACUUGCAUAUCGUACUAUGGAGGACAUGCACAGGAAAGGUCACCAGCCUGAUGAGGAUUUGUCUUCUUCAUUGAUUAAUCGUCUUGGUAAAACUGGUGCUCAUUCAGAAGCAUUUUCAGUGUACACUAUGUUGAGAUAUAGCAAGAGAACAAUAAGCAAGGCCCUUCAUGAGAAGAUUUUACAUAUCUUACUUGCAGGUGGACUUUUUAAAGAUGCUUAUGUGGUGGUCAAGGACAAUGCAAAAUUUAUCUCCCAGCCUGCUAUUAGGAAGUUUGCCACCUCCUUUAUGAAAAAAGGCAAUAUAAACCUGGUAAAUGAUGUGAUCAAGACUAUCCAUAACUCAGGCUACAAAAUUGAUCAGGGCAUAUUUCACUUGGCUAUUUCUCGUUACAUCGAACAUCCAGAAAAGAAAGAACUACUUUUUCAUUUACUACAGUGGAUGCCUGGUCAAGGCUUUCCUGUUGACUCCACCAUGAGGGAUCUGAUAGAGAAAAAUUCCCAUUUAUUUGGACGACAUUCUCUAGCGGAAUUAUUGUCUAAGCAUCAUGCUGUUUUGAAGGCAAAUAGAUCACACAAAGGGAAAACUAGCUGA